CAGUUCUAAUCACCGAGACCUGCAAUGGUGGUACGAGGGCAGCACCACUCUCUCUUUGAACCAAAUCACUUUCUGUUUGUUUGUUGAGAAAAUCGGGUAAACAAUACUCUGCCAAUUAGCUGAUUAGCUUAGUUCAGCCAAUUUGUUGGGCGGUGCUGAGUUAGUUUUCAUUCAUUUUCUUUCCUUGUUUCUCACCAGCCAAACAGUUUCUCAGGUUUCCAUUUCUAAUUUUCUGGAGCUGCCUUCGAUCGUCUUUGAUCAUGGAAUCCCCCGAAAAAUCCGAAGAAACUGUCCCGGAACUCCAAGGAUGGCUGGAAUGGUCAACUUGGGAACUGCAACUGUCGUUGGAGUAUUUGCCGGCAUGUUGUAUGGAGGUAGCAAGGAGGCUUCUGCUUCUGUUAGCAAGGAUGCAGAAGUAAUGUUGAAGCUUGGGAGCACGCCUGACAAGCGUGAGCAGUAUCGAUUGAUGAGAGAUGCAAUGGAGAAAAGAUUCAUCCGGGUAACUCGGGGCUCAAUAGUUGGUGGAGUGCGCCUUGGAAUGUUCACUGCUGCAUUUUGCGGUUUACAAAAUUUGCUUGCGGAGAAACGAGGUGUGCAUGACGUCUAUAAUGUCAUCGGAGCUGGUUCUGCCACUGCUGCGACAUUUGGUUUAAUUAUGCCAGGAUCACUCCUUUGGCGUGCAAGGAAUGUGGCGUUGGGUUCAGUUAUGGGUGCAGCAAUUUGCUUCCCUCUUGGUUGGCUCCAUUUGAAGCUUGUCGAGAAAGCGAACGCAGAGAGAUUUUCUACUUAUCAAGAGCUGGAUGGAAGCAAAGAGGCAAAGAGUGGUGUUGGUGCUGCUAUUGAGCGGCUUGAAAAGCACUUGAGUAAAAAAGACAGCAUUAAUUAAAUUUGAGCAAACAAGCGAAUGCAACAAGAGAAUAAAGAGUGAGCUAUCUCUCUGGACAGGAUUGUUUUUUUUUUUUUUUUUUUUUUUAGAAGGCAAUAUGGAUGGAGAAUUCAUGUGGCAAGAAUGAUUAUGAUGAUGAUGAUGAUGAUUAGGAGUUUAUAUAGGUUUUUUUGUUUUUUUAGUUGGGACUCACACACACUGCCUCCAAUGAGGUUCGAACCCCUGACCUCUGUUUAGGAACUAGGAGCCUUGUACCGUUAGGCCACAAGCCUGUUGGUUGGUUAUAGUACGUUUUUAAUUUUUUCUUUUUCUUACCUGAAAAUAAAAGGAAAAUGGAUGUUGUUUCGUUUGUAUUUGAGAUCUUGAGACUAAAUGUCAAUGUGAAAAUGUAAGUUGAAUGAUGGUUUUCUAUCAUUUAUCAACUUUUUCUUC